CUCUUCCACAGCUGCGCCGGACAGCAGCACUGUGGAAUUACCUUAAGACUUGCGCUCAGAUUUCUCCAAAAGAGCAGAGCAGGUCCAGACCUGGAGAGGAGAACAUGAGUUCCCCGAUGCAGGACAUGGAGCCGCAGUUUGGCUCAGAAGACCGAAGCUCCUUUAACUUCGGGGAGAAGAAGGAUGUUUGGAGAGGUGGUGGCGCAGACAGAGCCGAGCCUUCGUGCUGCCUCAGUGUCAGCAAGAUCAACUACACCGUCAGUGAGAGCGUGGGUCCGUGGUGGGACUUAAACUCCUACAGGAAGAGAUGGACCCGUCAGAUCCUCAAUGAUGUUUCCUUCCACAUAGACAGCGGGCAGAUUAUGGGGAUCCUGGGGAACUCAGGUUCGGGAAAGACGACGCUGCUGGAUGCCAUUUCAGGCAGAAUUGGGAACACUGGGACGCUCUUGGGUGAAGUUUUCAUCAACGGCAGGAAAGUCAAGCGAGAACAGUACCAGGACUGCUUCUCCUACGUGCUACAGAGUGAUAAUCUGCUGAGCUAUCUGACCGUGGAGGAGACCCUGACCUACACUGCUCAGUUGGCCCUGCGGAAACACUCAGCCAAAGCCAUCACGAAAAAAGUGUCGGCAGUGAUGGCCGAGUUGAGUCUCACUCACGUCGCCCACAGUGUGAUUGGGGGCCGGGUUUUCCCCGGGAUCUCUGGGGGUGAGCGAAGGAGAGUUUCCAUCGCCAGCCAGCUCCUCCAGGACCCCAAGGUCAUUUUGUUGGACGAGCCCACCACCGGACUGGACAGCAUGACAGCCAAUCAGAUCGUGAUGCUGCUGGCCGAGCUGGCUCGAAGAAAUCGCAUUGUUAUUGUGACCAUUCACCAGCCACGCUCGGAGCUCUUCAGGAUCUUCAGCAGAAUAGCUAUCAUGAGUCGAGGAGAGCUGGUGUUCUGCGGGCAGCCUGAGGAAAUGGUGGCCUUCUUCAGCAAAUGUGGAUACGAGUGUCCGGAGUACUGCAACCCCUUUGACAUCUAUGUUGACUUCACCUCAGUGGACACUCACAACAGUGAGAGGGAAGCAGCCACUUUCAAUCGCAUGCAUGAGAUCACGUCAUCCUAUCGAAAGUCUGCCAUCUACGAGGGCAUGCAGCAGAAGAUGCAGCAGAGCCUGCAGAGGGCAGACAAACCUGACAUCCCCUUCAAGAGCAAGGAGUCUCCCAGUGGGGCCGCCAAACUCGAGGUUCUUGUCAGGCGAACUGCACGGAACCUGUCUCGAGAUCGCAUGGGUGUUCUGAUGCGUCUGUCUCAGAACUUGAUCUACGGCCUCUUCGUCGCCUUCUUCGUGAUAGACCUGGAUGAUGACGUCAGUAAGGGCGCCAUCCAGGACCGUAUUGGCAUCAUCUACCAGUGUAUCGGAGCGUCGCCCUACACCGGCAUGCUGAACGCUGUCGCCCUCUUCCCAGCACUGAGGGCCAUCAGCGACCAGGAGAGCCAGGAUGGUCUCUACAGUAAAUGGCAAAUGUUUUUGGCUUACAUUGUCCACAUCCUGCCCUUCAGUGUACUCAGCGUCUUCAUUUUCAGCUCCUUCCUUUACUGGACGGUGGGCAUGUAUCCUGACAGCAUGCGCUUCCUGUGUUUCUCUGCUGUGGUCAUGGUUCCUCACAUCAUCGGCGAGUUGCUGACUGUCGUGCUGCUUGGUGUGGUCCAGGACCCAAACAUGGUGAACACCGGCGUGGCUUUGCUCAACAUUGCUGGGAUCCUUGUGGGCUCUGGUUUCUUGAGAAGCACCCAGCAGAUGCCCACGCUGUUCCAGUGGCUGAGCUACCUGACUUUCCAGAAGUACAGCUGCGAGCUGCUCAUCGUCACUGAAUUCCACCAACUUGAAUUCACCUGCAACAAUUUCACACUUUUACCGGGGGGUUGCUUGAUCACCAACGGAAACCAGGUCAUUGAAGAAGGUUACCCUGGAGCUCUGUCCCGCUACACACAAGACUUCCUGCUCCUCUACUCGUUCCUCCCUGCGCUGCUACUGCUGGGCAUAAUCAGCUUCAAGAUUAGAGACCGGCUUGUGCGUCACUAAAAGCGAAAAUACACUUUUUAUAACAGGACAUUGACUUGUUCAAAUGCUUUAUUACUUAAAAACAUAAACAAUGGACGAUGAUUUAACGACUGUGUGUUUUCUGAAACUGCCCUGGAUGAAAUCGGAGCAGUAAUAUCCAAGUUUGUUGCUGUCAGACAGCAAAAGGAAAAUGUAUGUAUUCGCACACAUGUAAUAAAUUGUAUAAAAGCUACGGUAUUUAAAUGUACAUGAUUGAUACAGAAGACGGCGAUGUACAUCAAUUUGUGAAGAGUAUAUGAUUACAUUUUUAAAACUUGUAUUUUGUUGUAAAUACUGGGAUAAAAUAAACUAAAUUGUUUUGAGAAGAUUAUUUUUAAGUGUCAAGGUUG